CGCAUCCUCGCGACCCGACCAUGAGGUGUGAGAGAGCGACCCGCAUUGCGCCUGCGACAGCACCUGCCCCGAGAUACGCAUCGAUCAAGGGCGGCUGAACACUCGUGCGCCUCUAUUGCUACCGCCAUGGCCCAGCGCGCUCAGCCGGAGCUGCCCCCUCCACCGCGCGAGCGGCCCUGGUUGCUGCCCUAUAAUCGCAAGCUCAGGCACCUCCAGGGCAUCACUAUCCGCAACCUCACCUUGACACCUGCGCCUCCGAGAUGUCGAGGGAAGACCAUCGACGACGAGGCAUUACCGAGCACCCUCAAGUCGCCAACUAAGACACUGGCACUGCGAGGAAGCAGGUCCCUGACUCAUUCGCGAUCAUCGACCGACCUGAACAGCUUCGAAGACGAAGACCGGUUCGACGAUGGCAGUCUGCGUAAGCCAACGACGCCCACAAGACCGGUCAGGCCUACUAAGGGUAUGCGCCGGCGGUCGACGCUGGAAUGGGCCAAUGCCAGUCCGUUGGCUCGUCAGAAGCGGCUCGAGGAUAUCACAGCAGGCCGGAUGGCCGACACAUUCUUCACGCUGCAUGUCGAGGGACAGGACGACCCGGUAUACAUAUCUGAGGUCGCCGAGAAGGCCAUGAACCCCAACUUCAAGUUCUUCGACCUAGCACCUUGUGGGCCUCGUGUCACUCGACUCGACAAGCUGACCGUCAAGGUGUGGGCAAAGAGCGAAAUCAUGCGGGCUUGGCAGUUCUUAAUCGACUACACCGUCUCCCUCGGAUCGCUGCAGUUCAUCGGAAAGACGUUGGGCAGCUGCAGACAUCCGCUGCCCCAGAACUGCGUUCUGCUCCACAUGACGGACGGCAUCUACACCAGCUUCACCGACCUGCCAGUGCAGGCGAGGGCAGGCCAGGACCUGCUCGCACCACCGAAGGAGAACCCAGAUGGGCGAGUUUACACUUCGUCAUCGUACGAUGCUUUGAUGCGGCUGUCGACACUGGACGACUGCAUACAAGACGCCUUGGUCACGAGGGACCGCAUUGCGGAUGAGAUCGAGAGCAUUCUGGAGACGAACAGAGAGGCAAUAUCAACAGUCGAGCAGGUGCCUGAGGCAGAGGGGAACCUCAGAACAGUGCAGGUCGCGGUGACCGCGGAGCAACGCCGGGUGUUGGCGAUGCGCAGACGGCGAGACGAGCUCAAAGCGAGCAUACAGUCGCGAAGGGAGAAGAUGCAAACCGGGCGCGAAAGGGGCUCGCUCAUAGCGUCUGAGCUGCCUACGCGGAGAGAGCUUUGCAAAGAGACGGAAGAAGCCAUCGAGACGACGGAAGAAGCCAUUGCCGGCCAACGAAGACGGAUAUGCGAAGACCUCCUCAAGAUCUACCCUAUCGACCCUUUGCCAGGCAAAUCGCUUGCCUUCACGAUACGAGGCCUGCUGUUGCCCAACUCGCACUUCGACGAUGCCAACCAAGAUGUCACAUCAGCCGCCCUCGGCCACGCAGCCCAGGCUGUCGCACUGCUGUCUCCCUACUUUUCUGUCAUAUUGCCGUACCCAAUAUCACCUCACGGCUCAACGUCCACCAUCGAGGAUCCACUGGCCAUGGGCCACAACAACGCGAACAAUCCGCGGACGUAUCCUCUCUACAUGAAGGGCGUAGUUCGUUACCGGUUCGAGUAUGGUGUCUUCCUCCUAAACAAGAACAUCGAAAUCCUUUCCAACGCCCUCGGCAUUCGGCCUCUCGAUAUCCGACAGACUUUGCCGAAUCUCAAGUAUCUGCUGUAUGUCGUCACUGCUGGUAAAGGCGAGCUGCCGGCGAGGAAGGCUGGUGGAAUCAAAGGGCUCCUGAGACAGGAUGGGUUCUCCUCCAGGAAAGGAAGCUUCGACAGCACGGCAACCGCGAGUAGCUUCGGUGCGGAAAGCAAGAGCAGUACAAGAGAUGCUGGGCUGCUGAAGGUUGAUCACUCGAGUGCUAACGGUGCAAGCGUGGGGGGCACUUUGAAGCAGAAAACUAACAUUUUGCCAGGGAGUAGACUGAGGCCGAUAGAGUGAACGAGUCGGACACUUCCCAUGGAUAACACAAGUAUUGAUAUGAUUCCAAACUAU